AUGGCUGAGUCUCGGCGGCAGGUUCAUGACAACGCAGAUGCUGUCGAUGAUGCGGCCAAGCUCAUCCGAGUAAACGCCCACAUUGUGACUGGCGCUGUCUCCCAGGCCCUGAUGCUCGGAGGAGCCAAGCUGAAACAAGGAGAUGUAACUGGAGCAUUGCGGGCAGUUGAUGAGAGUAUCGUAGAGGCACGGGAGAAGGCGGCGGAGGCGAACCGGUCCUUCCGAAGUGCAGCUUGGAGUGCUGCCUGUGUGCUGCUGCUCGUUGCAGCAAUCGGCGCCUGCUGGGGUUUGGAGCAUCUUCUCACACUCCGGGGCGGAGAGGCGGAUGCAGGUGUUGGGGUACCAAAUGUGGAUGGGCAGGACCAGUACCAUCCUUUUCCAGGACUUGGACUGCUCCGCUUUCUGUUGUCCUGCAUGGUCCUGCUGUACAACUUCUACCCAUGGUCAACCCAGGCGGUGAUGAGCCUGUGCUGCGCGAGCCCAGCUCCGGAUGCACAGUUGCGCGGGGCCAGCCAACGAAGGGCCAGCCAGAGGACAGACUUAGGCCAGUGUGGCAUUCGAGGGCAUGCACAACAGGAUGGUACCCGUAUCAUGCACGGCAAAAGCGCCGCACAAUGCAGCUGGAGAUGGCAGGUCAGCCUGCAUGAUGUGCGAAAAAACACCACUAAGUCCAGCCACUUCUGCGGAGGGACUCUCAUCGAUCGCCGGUGGGUGCUAACAGCUGCACAUUGUGUGGGCUCCUUCUCUCAGUGCGACCUGCGAUUUGUCAGGGUCAUCGCUGGUGCCUGGAAGCACAGCUCGGAGUCGAGACUGCGAGAGGGAACCUCCGCAGAGCGUGGUGUUGUCCGCGUGCACACGCAUCCAAGGUACGGCAAUGCUGCCCCCUCCGACAAUGACUUCGCGCUAGUCGAGCUUGACGAGCAAAUGCCGAUCAACGAUUGCAUUGGCAUAGCUUGCCUGCCCACGCAGAACGGGGGCCAAAAAGAGCCCUGGACAAAGGAAUCACAGCAAUGCAGCAUCACAGGCUGGGGCGAGUCUCAAGAUGCUGAAGAUGCUGGAGGCGUACCCAGUACGCUGCAAGAAGGAUCAGUGUCCACCUUGUCACAUGAAGCCUGCGUCAAGGACUAUGCCCCACACAACGCCACCAUCACUGCUUCUAUGCUGUGUGCUUCGGGCAGGUCAGACACGGGCAUCACAGAUGCGUGCUACGGUGACAGUGGAGGACCACUCGUUUGCAAGGAGCAAGAUCGGUACGUGGUUCAUGGUAUCACUUCCUGGGGCUUGGGCUGCGCGUCCGAGAAAUUUCCUGGAGUUUACAGUCGCGUGACGGCAGCUUUGGACUGGAUCCACGACACGGUGUCUGGGAACUCUGCAUCUUCCGCUCCGACGCACUUCAAUGGUGCCAUGUGGACCGUCACAUCUGGGAAGUGCACGUUGGAUUCUUCCAAGUGCAUACUCAGACACCCUGUCAAUACUUUCAAGCUGGGGGCUUCUGGCUGCUCCCAUGUUCUUCACCCUGAGCGGCUUCUGCCAAAGUUACUCGAAGCUCACUGGGCCGAAGGCCUGCUAGGAGCAGCAUGGGCCACCGAUGAGUACUGCCUCCACCAAGUGGGCCAGCGAACAGCACGAACAGUGAAGACAGGUGUCUACCUCCUGUGGCAGUACAAAGUGUGUUGGACUCCUGAGACUUCCAACGAGGUGCACGCCAAGGUUGCCAAACGCCUCGUGGAAUGCUUGCGCCGCAACGAAGGCUUGUACGUAAAGUUUGGCCAGGCUAUGUCAACCAUGGAUCUCAUCUUGCCGGAGGAGUACAAGUGCGAACUGAAGACAUUGCAUGACCAAGCGGCGACGUUUGAAUUCCCACAGGUGAAAAGAGUCAUUGAGUCGCAGUUGGGCCGAAGCUUGGAUGAGAUGUUCUCGGAAUUUGAGGAGACUCCCAUAGCUUCAGCCAGCAUCGCGCAAGUACACCGUGCGAAGCUGCGACCGGAGUUUGCAGAGGGCCAUGAUGGCAAGAAGUCCUUGGCAGUGGCAGUCAAGGUUCAGAAGCCGAACAUUCCUGCCCAGAACCGAUGCGACCUUGCAGUCUACAAGCUGAUGCUGGUCGUUUUGGAGUACGCCUUCGAUUUGCCAAUGGUUUGGACCUACGGGUACACGCGGCAGCAGCUGGAGGCAGAGUUGGACUUCCGCAUCGAGGCAAGGCAUGCCCGACAAGCGGCCGCAGAGCUGGCAUGCCACUUCUCUGGCAAGGUCGUGGUGCCAGACGUUCAAGGGAAGGUUUCGGGGCAACACGUCCUGGUCAUGGACUGGGUGGACUCACUGGGCCCUGCCAGCGACAGCCGCGCUUUGCAGAAAGCGGGGCUCCGGCCUGCCGACGUGAUGCGGACGGCAACCGAAGUAUUUGGGUACCAGAUCUUCAGCACUGGCCAUGUGCACUGCGACCCCCACCCUGGCAACUUGUUGGUGCGCUUGGCUCCUGCAGGAAGCUCACAGAAGUGGCAGCUGGUCCUUCUGGAUCAUGGCCUUUAUUGCGAGUUGAGCCCCAGCCUGCGUCGCGACUACGCGGACUUUUGGGUCGCUGCUGCCUUGGGUGACACGGACACAACGGUUCAAAUCUGCAAACGUUGGGGCAUCGCUGAUCAAGAUGCUGCGGAGCUUUUCGCCUCCCUGACCCAGUUCCGACGCGUACGCUUAGGGGCCCAGAGACUGGAUGCCAUGGCUUCCUUGUUCGGAUCGCAGCGCAAGACGCGGGCUGAUGUGCUGCCACAUGCACCGAAGAAGCUCACUGCGAAAGCGAUGGCAGAAGCCCAGCAGAAGCUCAAGGCUCGUGCCAAGAAGGUGCUGAGCGAUACGGCCGCCUUCCCACGAGAGCUUCUCUUUGUGGGGCGGAGCCUGAACAUGAUCCGGUCCGCCAACUUUGCGCUGGGCACCGCGGUGAAUCGCGUGGCCAUCUUGGCAGAGUGUGCAGCGGCAGGUGCCACACUCCAGGGCGGGUCGCUGGCUUCCAGACGCAUGGCCGUUUGGAAUUUCCACCUCCGAGUUCAGUGUCUCCUCUUCCUCAGCAAGCUUGUCCAGAUCUGGCAGGGCCUAAGCUCCUUUGGAUUAGCCCCAGCUGUGCUGGGGCUCACUGGCCUCUUGCUGCGGGUGUCCACAGGAACAGUGCUCAGCAAGGACCCCAAAGGCAGCACACUCCGGGAGAUUCCAGGUGAUCCCCACUUGCUGCAAGUGAAGGCUGAGCAUCAGACGGCCAUAGUAGAACCGAGGCAGAGGCAGUCUGAGAUGGAAAGAUGGCAAGGGAAGCUUCCCAAAGCUUCUGCGGCUAUAGAGGAGGAGAUGCUGAGCGCAAUGGUAGUUCGAAUCAUGGCUUGGUACCCAUUUUAUGUCAUCACGCUGAUCUUCCUGUGCGUCCAGUAUUUCUCCUAUAGUGCUUGGGACUGGACAAGCUUCAUGGCACACGUCUUCCUCAUCAGCGGCGGCUUCCAGGAACAUCGCGAGGCUGUCUUUCCAUAUAUGCCCUGCAGUUGGUGGUUCACGUGUCUUGCCGCCUACACCCUUGCUUGGCUUCCCAUGCACAAUAUCUUGAAGAUCAGCAGCGACUCCGUCAUUUGGACCAUGUUUGUCAUGGCAACGGCGGUUGUGAUCCCAUCGGUGCUACUGGAGUGGCUUUUCUUCAAAGACAUGGCCAUAUUUGAGCUCUUGCAGUACAGCUUCGCCUUCUUCUACGGACAGGCCUUGGCCGUAUGGCAGGCGGGUUCAUCACAAGCUACUCGUCGUGAGGGCACCCAACGUAAGCGCCUAGAGUCCUUUAGCCACACAGUGACACUGGCCCCUGCGCGUUACACGGUUGGCAGGCGAACUCCACAAGUGCCUCAGGCAAUUUGCACAGAAGUUUUGCGACUGUUGCCCGUGUUGACCGGAUCUGAUGGCUGCCACCUGCGGUUCCGCAAGGUCACCAUCGCGGCUUCAUCAGUAGAAGGCUUGCCUAGCGGAGCGCAAAUCGAGCCUCCGAAAUUUGCAGACUUGCAGAGUACGGUCUUGGACUGGCCUGAUGGAUCAGGAGAAUCAGGAGCGCCACUGCCGGCGGCGGAUGUACCGAAGAAUGAGCUUGCAAGAUCAAAGAAACUCAACAAGGGCAAAAACCCAGCCAAAAAAGCUGGCGUUCAGAAGUACGACGCCAGAGGUCAUCGGGUGCGGCACCGCAAGGAGGCAAAGCAGAAACGCCCGCCAGCGGAAGUGGCUUCUGGCUUCGGUGAGCUUGAGACCUCGGAGGGCACGGAACAGCCUGGACCGGAGACUACGGCUGCAGAGGUUGAAAGCGACACUAAAGCCCCACGACCUCCAAGGCCUGUGGCACCCCGCGCGCCUGUUUCGGGCACUGCGGGCAAGCCCACUUCGGCCCUGCUGUCCAUGGCAAGGUCGGCGAAGAGCUUCUCACCUCCGAAGCGAGCCUACAAGAGCAUGUCAAGUGCAAAGCUGGAGCCACUACAACCACUGCAACCUGACAAGGAGUCGCAGCUUGCUUUCGGAGAGGCACCUUUAUUGGCGGACCCCUUGUCGAAAUUCAGUCUGGGUCCACAUGUGGAUGUCCGCUCACGGCCUCCAAGCAAUUCGAGCUUCAGCCACGCUGGCAGCGGUCUGGUCCGGGCAGCCUCCGCAGCGUCAGUGGGUCCCCUCCGACGUGAUAUCCCGGUACCCUCGGCGCUGCACCCGGGAAGCUUCCAGCGCAGAGCGCGGCACAUGGACGCCGUAAUGGACCUUCGGCACCUCCAGGAGAAAAUCCGCAACCCGAACUGCAGCGAGGACAAGAAGAUUCAAGUUGCCGACCUCGCAAUGCGAGAUUUGCGCGCCGAUCUCAGCCACAUGCUGAAGAGGUCCGCGGUCAAGGUGCAGUCGUUUGCCCAGCCUGUUUCAGCACCUCGAUCAGUGGAUGACGUGUUCGCCAGCCAAGUCGCCAAGUUCCAGGAACCCCUCACUGCAGCGCAGAAAGUCGUCCAACCUGCGCGGGAGAGGGGCUCCACAGCUGCCUCUACGACACAGGAUGACGAGGAGGACUAUUUUGGAGAGGAUCCCCCGGAUAUUGAUGUGGGCGAAGAUGAAGCAGGUGGCGAGACACGGCAACCUACAUCCCCGGUUGCUUCAGAGCUGCUGUCACCCAUAGCAGACAAACAGAAGAUGAAGUCAGCUUUGCGGCGACAUUCUCGGGGCAGCGCGCGGGUAAGCUGGGAGCGGCUACCAUAUGAGGAGGGUGGCGCCGAUGCAGGCCUGGGGAGUCUGCCAUUGGGAAGCUUGCCACUGGGCGCAGCAGCUGCCAGCCCUUUGGGCGCUGCCACUGCCCCUUUGGGCGCUGCCACUGCCUCUUUGGGCGCUGCCCCGGAUUCGCUGCAGAAGUCCAUCGUGAGCAGCCAAUCGUCGAUCAUGUCGUUCACAGGUGACAUCAGUGUGUCCGGUGAGAUGAUGCACAGAGUUUCCAGCAUCAUGACGCAAAAAGGACAGACGACAGGUUUGAAGAACAUCAAGAGAAGCUUCGAACCCACCUUGCGCAAGCGGCUGGGUGAAGCUUUCGCUCGUCUGUGCGAAGCCAAUGAAUUGCACCGGGAUUCCCUUCCACAGGCAGUUGAGUUGACAGGCUGGACGGUCACAGCCGAAGUCAAGCAGCUGAUCAACUCAGCGUUCGACAGCCUCUUCCAGUACAACACGCUGAACCAGAAAGAGUUCUUCCAGUUCUUUGAGAAGUUUCGGCAGCUCGAAAAGCAGCGUGCUUUCGAAGCCUUCAACUCCUUCGACGCAGACGCGAGCGGAACGAUCGACUUUGACGAGCUCGGCGCGCUGCUGGAGUCACAGGGCAUCUUCCCUCUCCAGCACGUCAUAUAUGAGCUCGCCAUGGAUGCCUGCGACGGCAACCUGGUCGAUGGCCUGGACUUCUCUGAGUUUCAGAGGGUGCUCGAGAUUCUUCGGGAGCGAGAAGGCUUCACUCGCGAGGAGAUUGAGAGGAUCGAGGAUGCCUUCGACAAGUGCGACAGCGAUGGCAGCGGAUCACUGGACCUCCUGGAGAUUAGCCGCGUCCUCGCUAUCCUCGGGUAUUCCCGCGACAUGAAGUACCAGGACCUGCUGGCUGAGGUCGAUACGGAGAAUUCAAACCAAUUGAGCAAGCGUGACUUCACGGUGCUCAUGCGAAAGAUCCAAGAACGGAACACGCAGUAUAUAAAAGACUAUUUCAGGGAGUGCGAUACGGAUGGAGAGCCUGGCCUGGACGCCAGGGAGAUUUCCUUGCUUCUCCAAGCUCUGGGGUAUCUGCCUGACAUGGCAUGCAUCUUGGAGACAAUGCUGCAGCUGGGGUUGGACGACCCUGAAGAGGAUUUGGAUUUCUCGCAAGUUUGGCGAUUCCUGGAAAUCUAUCGCCGGCAGCAUGGCCUUACUCUCGGUGCAAUCAAUGAAGCCUUGGACAUCUUCAAGAGGUUCGCUGCCGACGACGACACUGUCAGCGUGGACUGUUUGCUCAAGAUGCUAAGGAUGAUGGGUUUUGACCUGCACUACCACGAGGUCCGAAGACUGAUGUACUUGGUCGAGUCCAGUGAGUCCAGCGUCAUGAACGAGAAGGAGUUUGUGAUGGUCCUGGGCCACUUGCGUGACAGGGAACUGCGUCAAAUGUGGAAGGUGGUCAACGAACCAUGCAACAGCCCAGCCGCCCAGGAGAUAAAGGAACGGUUCAACAAGGAGAUGCUCGGCAUCUCCAGGCACCGCGAUGAGAAGUCCCAUCGAAAGAAGGUCACCUUCAUGGAGUUCAUCCCUUGGGCCACACAGCUGCGCAACCAACAGCGCGAGGUGGUGCGUCGAAGGCACGGCUUCGGCAAGGAAGAAGUGGACGUCUUCAAGUGCGACUUCAACUCCUGUCAACGGGAUGCGAGUGGCCGCAUUCGGGCCAGUGAUUUGAGGCAACUGUUGACGCAGAAGUUCCCCAUGCUCGCGACCAUGAAGGACAAUCGGGCCAAGCUCAGUGAGAUCCUUGCAGGCAAGGAGCCCGGAAGCCGAGUGGGAUUGGAUGAGUUUCUCGCGCUCUCACGCGUUUGUGUUGACAUCGUCGAGCUCGAGAAGCUGAAGCGGGAAAGGAAUGCCAUUGAGGAGAGGGACUUCACCCCUGCGGAAGUCCUCGAGUUCCGCAGCCUCUUCAUGUCUCAGGCAACCUCCUCAGGGCUUCCAGGCACAUACCGAAAUCGCCUCUCCUUCGAUGAGCUGGUCGAGCUCCUGGCGCGGGUGAUUCCGCUGGGGUACAAGAACGCCCAGGUGCUGAAGCGCGAGGUUCGGCAGGUGCACAAGCAUGGCCCCGGAGGGGACGAUUCGGUCAACUUCGUCGAGUUUUUAAACUUGAUGGAGCGCCUCCUGGCCAUGAACUUCGGGGGCAUGGCGACGUUGGGCAAGACUUCAAGCAUUACAGAAAGAGCUUCCGAAGACAAGCCGGAGUCUCAUCCUCAAGGGGCCCAGGUGGAGAACGCCGUCGAGGUCUCUGCGUCGUGA